AUGCAUCGAGUCUCGGCCCUCCUCUCGUGGGACAAGCGGAAAUCCGCCCCAAAACUUCCCAACCCGCUCAACCGCCUCUCCACCUCUUCUAUAACGACGACAAAGGUCAACAAGGAAGUCUUUUGGCCCGGUGCCCUCGACCAGGAGUGCGAAAAGGCCGCCCGCAUAUUAAAGUCGUUCUGCGCCGACGGGUGCCUUGCCCCGCUCCACCAGGAUGAUCCGACGUCUUCUGAGCCGAAAUCGCCUCUGAAAAUUACGAAACGGAUACCAAAGCGCAUUAUUCAAAAUGCCGCCGGUAUCGCUGUCUUUACUUGUAUGCGCUCAGGUUUGUGGAUGACGGGCUCCGGCGGCUCCGGUAUCCUGAUUGCACGAAAGGCGGACGGGACGUGGUCGCCGCCCUCGGCUCUCUUAUUGCACACUCCAAGCCUAAGCUUUAUGGGGGUCGACAUCUAUGACUGUGUCCUCAUUGUCAACAACCUAUCCGCUCUUGAGUCCCUAGUACAGCCCCAGGUAACCUUGGGUGACGAUGUUGGCCUUACCUGCGGGCCCAUGGUCCCUCACGGAUCCCUCGAGGAAGAGAUCAAGUGGAAGGACCUUGGAAAUACCGUCUUUACUUACAUGAAAGCGAGGGGUCAAGCUCAGGUCGUGAACCUGAGUGGUUGCCUAUUGGCAGAACGCGGAAACGAAAAUGAGCGGUUCUACGGCGCCAACGUUACCAUGAUGGACAUCCUAGCUGGCAACGUCGCAAAGAAUGUGGACGAAACCCGACCGUUGUUUGAGGUCAUCAAGCAGGCCGAAGGCCGGUCCGACUAUGACACGGUCAUUGUGGACCAGAUCUCCCUCCAUUGCGCGCCGGGUGAUGCGGUGAUUGAAUCCCCAAAAGCGACGCCGCCCGUAUCGCCGCGAACCCCAUUUGGUGUUCCGUCUCCGGAUGACCCCGACCCGUUUGGUUUCCUGGCAUUAGAGAUGGCUGGGCUCGAGAUCCGCGAGGCCGGAACCCGCCUCCGGCCCACGAGCAACCAGUUCGAAGGCAGCUGCCUGUCGGUUCGCACCGAAAACACACACACGACGGAUGCCUGCACGCAGACGGAAACCUCAACCACACCCCACACAACCCCAAGUCUCACCCACAGCGACGACGGACGCGACCGAGCCUCCAUGGAGAAGAUGCGGGGUCUCGAAGAUGUAAUCGAAGAAGAAGUCGACUAUACAAAGAUUGACUUCUCUCCGAUUCGACAAUUUAGCAAUCACCACUCUCUCGAUGGAAUGACCAUGAUUGAGAGCCCCGCGAGUACCGAUGAUGACCAGAGGACGGACCGCACCUCUCGCCGCAACUCCCCUCGCAACUCGACCCGUAGCGAGCGCCCAGACGAUGCCACGAGGGCCGCCAACGUUCCUCUUCCCAUUGAAGCGGAAGAAGAUGAGGGCGAUUAUGCCGAUGACGAGGAUGACGAGACGGAUGACGAUGACGAUGAAGAGCCCGUCAUUUUCGAGGUGGCCUCGGCCGUCCAACCUGUACGUACCGCCGUUGUGGCGGCACAGGUCCAGGCCAAGGGCGCCAUCGCGAAGAGCGAUUUUGGCGACGUCAGCGGACUCAUGAGCCCGGCCAGGAGCUCCUUUGCAAGCGACGAGCGUGUGUCGAUUGCAUCCGAGCCCAUCCUAUCGGCAAGAGACCAGCCCUCCAUCGAGGUUUCCCAAGCCACCCCAGUCGAGUCUCAAGCUAACCCGGUUCGUGAUAUUCCCACACCCGUAUCGAUUGACUCGGACGACAACGCCAGCUUCAAGUCGCUCGCCGACACCCAAACAACGGAGGUGGGCGAGGAAGGCGGAGAGCAGACUACCAAGACUGUCGAUGUCGAGGAGAUUGCGGAGAUGGACCUAGGCACGCAGACGCCUUCCAUCGAGAUCAAGGCAAUCGAGGACUACCAGACGGUCAAGCUCAUCAAGGUAGCCGAGGUCGUUAAAUUGUCACCGCUUCCCCAGGAGACGGCACCCACAACCGAACCUACCCCUUCUCUCUCUUAA